AUGCUAAUGCCACCAAUUCUCAAUGAGCACUAAAACACAUCUUAAAAUUACCUCGUUCUGCUGUGUGAGUUCAAACAGGCUGACAAGCCAACAAGGGAACAUAUCAUCAGAAUUCCCCCUUUGGCGAUACCUGCUGAUUGGGUCCUAAAAAAAAGCAAGCAGCUUUUAACUUUAAUAUUUGGCUCCCGAGUUCUGCCACGAGUAGUCGCGAAAGAUAGAUUUUCCUUCGGGGUUUUUUUCUUUUCUUUUGGAGGCUAGAAAUUAAAAAUCCAUCAGUGUAGUUUUUUUAUCUUUGCUCUUCUGCUUAAAUCUAUGUGCGCGGAUGAGCGCGCAUGCAAGCUUUCUGCUGGAGAUGUUUUGCGAAACUUUAAGGAUGAUAUACCUUGGAUGUUUCCUGCUGCUCUGUGGGCUCACACAUGUCAUGGCAAGCUAUCCAAUCUGGUGGUCACUAGCAGUGGGCCACCAGUACUCAUCACUGGGGACUCAACCUAUCCUUUGUGGCAGCAUACCAGGUCUGGUGCCCAAACAGCUGCGUUUCUGCCGGAACUAUGUGGAAAUCAUGCCCAGUGUGGCCGAGGGGGUCAAGAUUGGCAUUCAGGAGUGCCAGCACCAGUUCAGAGGCCGACGCUGGAACUGCACCACGGUCAAUGACAAUCUGGCUAUUUUUGGGCCAGUGUUAGAUAAAGCCACUCGAGAGUCAGCUUUUGUUCAUGCCAUUGCCUCAGCGGGAGUGGCAUUCGCAGUGACCCGUGCCUGCGCUGAGGGUUCAGCUACUAUCUGCGGAUGUGAUACGCGUCACAAGGGCCCCCCUGGAGAGGGCUGGAAGUGGGGUGGCUGCAGCGAGGACGUGGAGUUUGGGAGCAUGGUGUCCCGGGAGUUUGCUGAUGCAAGGGAGAAUCGGCCUGACGCACGCUCAGCAAUGAACCGCCAUAACAACGAGGCAGGAAGAAUGUCCCUGAACGACAACAUGUUUCUGAAGUGUAAGUGCCAUGGGCUCUCAGGCAGCUGUGAGGUGAAGACGUGCUGGUGGUCUCAGCCUGACUUCCGAGUUAUUGGUGACUACAUGAAGGAUAAGUAUGACAGCGCCUCGGAGAUGGUGGUCGAGAAACAUAAGGAGUCCCGUGGAUGGGUGGAGACCCUGAGACCCAAGUACAACUACUUCAAGCCCCCAACAGAGCGCGACCUGGUUUAUUAUGAAAGCUCACCCAAUUUCUGCGACCCCAAUCCGGAGACGGGCUCCUUUGGCACCCGGGACCGAAUCUGCAACCUGACAUCGCACGGCAUAGACGGCUGUGACCUUCUGUGCUGUGGCAGAGGUCACAACACCAGGACUGAGAAGAGAAAAGAGAAGUGUCAUUGCAUUUUCCACUGGUGCUGCUACGUCAGCUGUCAGGAGUGUGUGAGAGUCUACGACGUGCACACCUGCAAAUAGAGACGGAGAGGUUCUCAUCUUUAAUCACCAAAAUUUAAAGACUCCAGCAGGCAGAAGAACAAAAGCAGGUAUAAGACAUGAGGGACUGUAGAGCUGUCUGACCUAUCAGACACAGCUGCUUGUGCUUUGUGCCGUGUUGCUACAAAGAGCCAGUCUCUGCCUCAGUCAGCCGAAACAGUGGAGUAGAUGUUGAUAUCUGAAAGCAUCGCCUUUAUGAGCUGUGAUGGUGGAGACACUGGCAAAAAUGUUGAUAUCUCUAGCGGCGAAAAGUGCUGAUGUAGGAAAGAAGAACUGUUGGUUAAAUGACAAACACCAUAUUGGUGACUUUUCUUCCUGUGUUCUAAGUAGUUUCAUUUUGUUGAGAAUAGCACAGCACUGCCAAUGCUUUCGUGAGUAUGGAACGAAAAGGAAAUUUCAUUGAAAAUGAACAUUUUCUUCAGUGUUUAAUCAACAUUGUACACGAUCAGACACUCAACAGCAUGCGUUCUCCUCCUCAAUAUUAUUAGUAUGUAUGAGUAUAUCUGAAAACUAACACGAUCACUGCGCGAGUGAGUUUUUGUUUCAUAGUGUUUCAUGUUACUGAUGUCUGUGUAAGAAUGCACUUGCACCUGAGUGAAUGUAGUUAUUUGCUGUAAUGUGUUUACAUAUUCUCAAAUUCUUAAGCUAACGAGUUAAUAUCUGCUUUAAACGACUAAUUUUAUUUGAGAGUAGACAUGAGCCACAUCCACUGAACAUGAGUGAAAAAAGAAUAGACACAGUCUGCACAUUUUUCUUCUUCUUCCUGAAACACCUGAAGCUAUUUCUAAAGAGUAACAACACUUUGAACAACAUUGAGAUUUAUGACCAAAGACAAGAAAAGAAGCCUCUCCUCCUCCCACCAGUAAAUCUGUGAUGGUCAGAGAGCUGUAAGUGAGUCUGAAAGAUCAGCACUUGUGUCCCGUUGAGAAAUAUGAAGCAUGUUCUCCUUGUUUUUAACAGUAUUAGCAGUGUGUCAUGUGACUCAGCGUGGGGAAAGCUGUUAUUUAUAAAAGGGAAAUUCCCACUAUAUUGUUGUUUCCUUCAUACACAAGUAAUAUCCUUUUGUUCUGACAUUAUGAUCAGAUAGAAGUGUACACCCUGGUGAAAUAAAACAGAGAUGGCAAACAAAGCUGCAUCAUAUAAGUUCUGUAUUAUGCAAUGUAAUUUGCAGUAGCUGUAAAAUGACGACCAAAACCUGUGCAUGUGAUGAUUACUAGCUGUGGCUUCUUGUUCCCCAAACUAAACAACGAGCGGCAUCGCUGAAACUAUCAAUACUUCCCUUAUUUUAAUGCUGCUAAGAUAAUAUGUGUAUGUAUGUGUGUGUAUGCCUGUGUUUAGGUCCUUACGUAUAGUAAGUCUUUGUUCAUCUAUGUUAUAUGUAUGUUAUUUUGCAUGUGUCAAUUCUUUCCGUGAAAGAAAUCUAUUAUAUGUAGUUUGGUUAAAAAAAAAAAAAAAAAAGGAAAAAAAGUGAAGUUUGACUAAUUCUUGCAUACAGUAAUUCCCAUUUAACCAAAUAGACCAAAAUAGAGUUUGAUAUGUUAUUUUAGUUGCUUAUGAUUUUGUUAUGAUGCUAAACAUCAGGGCAAAUAAUAUUCAUGUUGCUCUCCUUUAAUUUGAAAAGAAGUACAAAACAGUAUUUAUUUAUUUGGCAAAAUGACUACUGAAAAUAAAAAACUACUGAAAGCCGAGACAGAAAGUUACGUAAUGUUCAUGAAAACGUGUGCAUACCAUCAGUGUACAGUUUCUCAUCAAAUAUUGUUUACAGCCAAUGUACUACUAUGUCUCAGGCAUGUAUAGUUCUUGGAUUUUGUUCAAAAUUGCCCAACCACAAUUACAUUACAUCAUGACUGAAAAUAUCAAUGAACAGCCAUAAUCAGUUUCACAUUUUAAGUCAUCCUUAAUAAACUACACAACAUCUGUUAUCAGUACAAGAUGUGAUAUCUUGCAUUUAUUACUGUACACUUUAUAUGUGUGUGAUUGCUUAUGUGGACAAUUUGGUUAUGUUCUUUUUUCUUGUUUUGUUAAGUCUUUAAAUCCAAAGUUUUGUACAAACUAGUUCUUGCGUUUUUAUGAAUUUCUAAAAGUUUUUUUUAUAAUUAUUUAUUUCAUGCUAUGUACAUAUUAGUAAGUAAAAGUAUAUAUUUGCAGAAAUACAUUUUUGAAACAGUGUUGUGACUUGUAACGCUGUAGCCUUUUUACCUCAUCUGGUUUUUUUUUUUGUUUUGUUUUGUUUUUUUCACUGACUGCACACAGGUACUGUUUGUCCUACUGCCUGUAGUAGAUUUCUAAAAGUUAACUCUGUAACACCAAAAUAAAACAACAUAAACAA